AUGUCAAUACCACAGCCUCCAGACGAUCCCGAAACAAGAAAUAUUAUUGAAAAACUUGCUAGUUUUGUUGCUCGUAAUGGUCCAGAAUUUGAAGCAGCAGCAAGACAAAAACAUGAAAAUAAUCCAAAAUUUGCUUUUCUUCAUGGUGGUGAAUAUCAACAUUAUUAUGCAUUUCGUGUUCAAGCCGAAAAAGCUUUACUUCAACAACCACCUAAUCCUUUUCAUUUACCACCACCAAAUAUUCUCGGUCCACCAACAUCGAUGUCUCGACCGACAUUACCACCAUUUCCUGGUCCUCCUCCACCACCUGGAACAAAUGGUCCACCUCCUCCUUGGACACAACCACCACAUUUGUUUCCAUCCGGACCACCUCCACCUCCUAUGCCUAUUCCACCAAUUCCACCACCACCUGCAGUUGUAAUUGAACAAGCAUUUCAACAGCAAAUUCAAGCAUUACAAGAACGUUUAAGACAAAGUGAAAUAAAUCUUGCUGCACAACGUGAUUCAAUGCAAAUGAAUAAAAAAACAAAAGUUCAAGAAAAUAUUCGAGCUGCUAGACAAGCACGUAUAGCAGCACAAGCAGCUGAAUCAAAUAUUAAUAUGAAUGAACUUGAUCAAACAACAUUAUCGAUAAUUGAAGCUUGUACAAAAGAUAAUAUUACAAUUGGUCGAAAUUGUUUGCUUAAUUAUAGUCAAACAGCAAUGCAAGCAGAAACAAUUUGUUUAUAUUUAAUUGAUCGUAUAUUAGCACCUGAAGCAACGUUUGAUAUUCGUCUUCAUUUAAUUUAUCUUAUUAAUGAUGUACUUCAUAAUUGUAUUCGUAAAGGUAACGAAGAACUUCGUAUACAAUUGAGCAAAAUCAUUGUACCAAUCUAUUGUUUGGCUGUUGAUCAAUCAAAUGAUGAACGUAAACAAAAAUUGGUCAAGUUACUUGAUCUUUGGGAAAAAAACAAUUAUUUCAAUACUGAAAUUAUGGAGAAACUUCGUGAUAUUCCACAAGCAAAAAAACAUUUUGAGGAUGCUAUACGUACUGAAUAUGCGCCUAUAAUUGAACCAAUUGAAGCUGGUCUAGAGGAAAAAUAUGCUCAACUUGAACGACAACAUGCAGAAUUUGCUGUUCAUAUUCAAUCACAAAUCAAUCAAAUUCAACAACAAAUUCUUCAAUUACAUCAAGUUCAACAACAAACACCUCCACCAUUACCACCGCCACCUCCACCUCAUUUAUUGAAUAAUACUUUUGGUCCACCGCUUCCACCUAAUAUGUUAACUCGAAUGCCACCUCCAUCACAAUCAAAUAAUUCUAAUCCACAACAACCUCCUCCUCUAAUGUCACUUAAUCCAUUUAAUGAAAAUACUCGAGAUAAUUCUAAUCUUCGUCCAUCAUCAAAUAUCUAUGAAAAUACUCCUCCAGCAUUAAUGUCAAUGCCUAUUUCUCAUUACGAUAAUAAUAAUAAUAAUAAUAAUAAUCAUCAUCAACAUGAUGAUUAUGGAAAUAGUAUUAAUACACAAAUAGAACAACCAUUUGACUUAUGUAUGGUUACGAAUGAUAUACCUUAUUAUGAUCUUCCAGCCGGUCUUAUGUGUUUAUUAGUUAAAAGUGAAGAUUGUGAUUAUAAUUCAAUUGAUCCAUUAGAUGUACAUUUACCACCAUCGGAACCAAUAACUGAACGAUUAUUAGCUGCUGUUGAAAAUUUUUAUAUGCCACCAACACAUGAAACACCAAGAAAUUCUGAGGGUUGGGAACGAUUAGGUUUAUUUGAAUAUUAUAAAACAAAAAAUACAUUUAAAUUUUCAAAAGAACGUCUUCAACGUCUUGAAACAACUAUAAAUGAUCAAGAUGAUAAAGAAUCUAUGAAUAAAGAUAAACGACAACAAUUUGAUAGAAGUCGUUCAAAAAGUUCAUCAAAUUCAUCAUCAAGAUCAUCAUCGGCAUCAUCAUCUCCAUCUUCAUCUUCAUCAUCAUCAUCAUCGUCAUCAUCAUCAUCAUCUGCUUCUUCACCAAAGAAUAAUCAACCUAAAAAACGAUCUAGAUCUCGAUCAGAAUCACCUUCAUAUAAUAGACAAUAUUCAUCAAAAAUGAAUUCAUCAACAAGAUCUCGAUCUCGUAGUACAUCUCCACCAUCAUUUACUUCAGCAUAUACAUCUCAAAGUUCAACAGGUGGAACACAUCAUCGUUCACAUCAUCAACAUAAAUUAGGUGAUUCAAAUCUUGGUCAUAAACUUUUACAAAAAAUGGGUUGGCAAGAAGGUGCAGGUCUUGGUCGACGUGAACAAGGUAUUAUUGAACCAAUAAUGGCAAGUACAAGUGUAAAUAAUGAAGGAAAAAUUGAUCAAUAUAAAGGUAUUGGUCAUGAAGAUGAUCCAUUUGAACAAUUUCGUAAACAAAAAGCUAAAGGUUAUGUAACCCGUUUAAUUGCUGCACAAUCUGGAACAUCAGCAAGACGUCAUGAAAAAACCGACGAAGAUAUAUCAUUAUCAGAUCGUCAAGAUGAAAUAAAAUAG